AUGAUAUCUUAAAACAUUAUGUCUCCUACAAGUUAGUGCAUCAGUGUAGAAUUAGUACGUCUUAGCCCUGUAAUGCUGGUUUCACUCCUUCCGCAGAGUUAGAAAAAACGAAGUAGCUGGCCUGCUGCUGUGGGUCUGCAGGCUGCUCUCUCUGCUGUGAUUGCUGCCCCAGGAUUCGGCAGUCCCUGAGCACCCGCUUCAUGUACGCCCUCUACUUCAUUCUGGUCGUCGUCCUCUGCUGCAUCAUGAUGUCAACAACUGUGGCUCACAAGAUGAAAGAGCACAUUCCUUUUUUUGAAGAUAUGUGUAAAGGCAUUAAAGCUGGUGACACCUGUGAGAAGCUGGUGGGAUAUUCUGCCGUGUAUAGAGUCUGUUUCGGAAUGGCUUGUUUCUUCUUUAUCUUCUGUCUACUGACCUUGAAAAUCAACAACAGCAAAAGUUGUAGAGCUCAUAUUCACAAUGGCUUUUGGUUCUUUAAACUUCUGCUGUUGGGGGCCAUGUGCUCAGGAGCUUUCUUCAUUCCAGAUCAGGACACCUUUCUGAACGCCUGGCGCUAUGUGGGAGCCGUCGGAGGCUUCCUCUUCAUAGGCAUCCAGCUCCUCCUGCUCGUGGAGUUUGCACAUAAGUGGAACAAGAACUGGACAGCAGGCACAGCCAGUAACAAGCUGUGGUACGCCUCCCUGGCCCUGGUGACACUCAUCAUGUAUUCCAUUGCCACUGGAGGCUUGGUUUUGAUGGCAGUGUUUUACACACAGAAAGACGGCUGCAUGGAAAACAAAAUUCUGCUGGGAGUAAAUGGAGGCCUGUGUGUGCUUAUUUCAUUGGUAGCCAUCUCGCCCUGUGUCCAAAAUCGACAGCCGCACUCGGGGCUCCUACAAUCAGGGGUCAUAAGCUGCUAUGUCACCUACCUCACCUUCUCAGCUCUGUCCAGCAAACCUGCAGAAGUAGUUCUAGAUGAACAUGGAAAAAAUGUUACAAUCUGUGUUCCUGACUUUGGUCAAGACCUGUACAGAGAUGAAAACUUGGUGACUAUACUGGGGACCAGCCUCUUAAUCGGAUGUAUCUUAUAUUCAUGUUUGACAUCAACAACAAGAUCGAGUUCCGACGCUCUGCAGGGGCGAUAUGCAGCUCCUGAACUGGAAAUAGCCCGCUGUUGUUUUUGCUUCAGUCCUGGUGGAGAGGUUUCUGCAAAGCUUAUAUUACGAAAGUGCCAACAUCGAGAGCUUCUUCAGCGGGAGCUGGUCCAUCUUCUGGGUCAAGAUGGCCUCCUGCUGGAUAUGCGUGCUGUUGUACCUGUGUACGCUGGUCGCUCCCCUCUGCUGCCCCACCCGGGAGUUCUCUGUGUGAUGAUAUCAGCGGUCCCCUGGGCUUGUGGGCCUACAGCCUGGAAAGUGCCAUCUUUUGAACAGUGUCCCGGGGGGUUAAGCAGGGACUGGUGCCCUGUGCCUGAGUGGGUCUGA